AUGAAAACAAACGCUAACUGUUUUUUUCUUUACUUUAACAAACGAUAUUAUAACCCCCCGAACAAAAGAAAAUGGAGCAAACAAAAUGACAAAUAUAAAACAAGAAGGCCAUUAGCAGAAAGUUUUAAUAUGCAUAAAAUCAACGUUAAAGGUGAAUAUUGGAAACAAAAGCAUGUAGAUAAACAAUUUUCCGUUGAAAAUGGGAAUCAAGAUAUGAUUAAUGAAAAAAAUAGUUUAAACUUUUUUGGAUAUCCAAAUAUAUCAUUACAUAAUAAAUUAGGUGGCAGUCUAUAUAUUGAACAAAUGGAUCCAAUAACAUUAUGUAUAAUUAUGAAUAAAUGCAUAAAAGAAAAUAUAUGUGAAAGCUAUAUAUGGAGUAGCUUAUUAAAUAGGUGUACAAAGAUAGCGCAUAAAAUAAAUGGGAAUUUGAUAAGUUACAUUUUUAAAUACUCAUCACAAUCUGAAUAUUAUAGUCAUUAUUUUUUUCUUACAAUGCUUGGUAAUAUAUCAUCUUAUUUAUAUUCUUUAAAUUUGAAAUGUUGCGCAAAUAUAUUAUAUGCAAUGAAUAAUAAUAACAAUUUUUAUAAUGAUGAAAUAUAUAAUAAAACUAUCGAACACAGUUCUUUGCUUAUUUUAAACAGAAAUGAUAUUGAUAUUAAUAGUGUUCUAUCUAUAAUUAAUUCAUUUUACCCUUUUCGAGACAAUAAUUCUAAUAGUACAAAGAAAUUGGAAUAUUCAAAUAUUCAAAAAAAUAUAAAUAACACAUAUAUAUUAUUUGAUAGCAUAUCAAAAACAUUUAAUAAGUAUGAUUUAUAUUUGGGUGAGAUUGAUAGCAUGUGCUCGACUUUAUUAGUUUAUUGCAUGCUAAAUAGGAUAAAUAUAUUUUUCCAAGAAAAAAAUAUUAGUGUAGUAAAUAAAUUAUUAAAUUAUUUAAAUAAUAGUAUUGAAAAGUUAAAUAUAAAGCAUAUAUCUAUUUUAUGUUACACAUUUUGUAUUUUUAAAAAUAAAAUAGAUCUGCAAUGGAAUCAUAUAUAUAAAAAAAUAGAAAGUGAUUGUUAUUUACUAGAUAAUGAUUAUAUAUCUAUUUUAUUUUAUUCAAUGAAAAAUAAUAUAUUGAAGAAAAAUAUAAUUUAUAAUAAUUUAUUGAAUAAUAUAAAUGCUACUUCACUAGAGAAUAUUAGUUUAAUAGCAAAUUCAUUUUUAAAGUCAGUAGAUAUGAAUAAGCAAAAUAAUACACACACAGGGUCCAGUUUUGAUCUAAAAGGUAAAUUUGACGGAAGGAGAAAGAAUGGAAUUACAACUAGCAAUAAUCAUGUUACAGAAACAGAAAUUAAGAACACGUGUGAUAAUAAUGGUGGCGAUAUAAAAUUAAGUUAUUCAUUUAAUCUAUUUAAUAAUUUUUUGUAUGGUAAGAUAAAGUAUAAUAUUAGUAAUUUUAACGCAUAUCAAAUAUAUUUAAUAUUUAAAGGUUUGUGCGAAACAAAAUUAGAAAAUGACAAAGUCGUUGAUUUAAAAAUGAAUAUUAUAAAAGAGAUAAAUAAGCACAUUUAUAAAAUGCCGAUUUAUUUAUUAUCGUAUUUUGCGAAAAUAUUUACUGAUAAUUAUAUAAAAGAAAAUGAAUUAAUAAACUCUAUAAAAGAUAUUAGUUUAAUAUAUUUGAGUAUUUAUAAAAAUAUAAAUAUACAUGAUAGUGAGUAUACUAUAAAUGAAAAUUCAACGUUAAUAGAAGAAUAUUAUAAAAAUGUAAGUAAUGAUAAAAAGAACAUAAAAAAUGAUAUAAAUUUUAUAUAUAGCGAAAAAACAAAAGAAAUUAGUUAUUUAUCAGAUAAAUAUUUAAUUGAUCUUAAUCUAUAUAAUACUCAAUUUAAAUUUAUAAAUGAAAAAUUUGGUAUAACCAAUGAACAAAUUAAAAAAACAUUUCAAAAUUCCCAAGAUAUAUUUUUUAAUUAUUAUUUGAGUGAAAAACAUUUAUCCAAUUUUAUUUAUUUAUGCACAAUAUUGGAUAAUGAAAGCUCGAUUCCUUAUUUUAAUGAAAUCAAAACUAUAGUAGAAAAUAAAAUAAUGGAUAAACAAUUAAAAUUUACUCCUUCAAAUAUUUUAUAUAUUUUCAAAACAUUAGAUUAUUUUAAUUGUUUGAACACAACAAACACAUUUUUUAAUUUAUUAUUAAAGCAACUGUGUGAACAAAUAUUUUCGAUUAACACAUCAACCUUUUUUGCGAUUCUACAAUUAUUUUACAAGCAUAAAAUUUCACAUUAUUAUUUUUUAAAAAAGUCAACUUAUAUAAUCAAUAUGAACAGGUACGAAUUAGACCAAAAUUCAUUAGUGGCCAUUAAAAACAUGAUUUUUGAAUUGAAAAAAUUACUUUAA